ACGUUCAACACCUUUUUCAACAACUCAUUCACAAAAUGGCCCCCAAGAAGGACGAGAAGCCCGCGACUCAGGAGGCUGCCGCUGAGGCCCCUGCUAAGGCCGAGGCCAAGCCCAAGGCCGAGAAGGCCGCCAAGAAGGCCAAGGAGCCCUCCAAGAAGGCUGCCAAGGAGCCCAAGGGCGACGGCGAGAAGAAGGACAAGAAGAAGAAGAAGAGCGCCGUGGAGACCUACAAGCUGUACAUCUACAAGGUGCUCAAGCAGGUGCACCCCGACACUGGCAUCAGCAGCAAGGCCAUGUCCAUCAUGAACAGCUUCAUCAACGACAUCUUCGAGAAGGUGGCCACUGAGGCCUCCAAGCUGAGCCGCUACAACAAGAAGCCCACCGUCACCUCCCGCGAGAUCCAGACCGCCGUGCGCCUGGUGCUGCCCGGCGAGCUGGCCAAGCACGCGGUGUCGGAGGGCACCAAGGCCGUGACCAAGUUCACCUCGGGCUAAACGCCUAAACCUGCAUGCGCGCUGGCUUUCCUCCUAUCUCCAAACUCGGUGUUUCUCAACACCACCACCACUUCCCGGGGGGGGGGGGGCGGCAGGGGGGGACCAGUCUGGGGGCACUGGGCUAGGAGGGGGCCGGAAACGCACAAGGAUAUCCAAAUGUGAACACGCGUUAAAAUGUGAUGCAUGAACAUCGUUGCAGCCGCCUGCGCCUGGUUGGAUGGCUAGGCCGUGUCGGUCCAGAAAUGGUCCCGG